AUGUCUCACGAAGUCUCAACCCAGCCUCGCGAUCUCCCCAUCCUCGCAACCACGGAAUCCACCGCAGGAAAGACUUACAUCGUGACUGGCGCAAACACUGGUCUUGGGUUUGAAGCGGCAAAGCACUUCGUCCGCCUCGGUGCAAAGAGAGUAAUCCUAGCCGUGCGCAGCAUACCUUCCGGCGAGGCCGCAAAGCAAAAAAUCGAUGAAGCCACGGCGACAACUGACGUCGCCGAGGUCUGGGCCCUUGAUCUGAGCAGCUAUGCUUCCGUCAAGACCUUCGCAAAGCGUGCGAUUACAGAGCUUGACCGAAUUGAUGCUGUGAUUGAGAAUGCGGCUGUGGCGACGGCGGAACAAACCAGAGCCGAGGGGCAUGGGUUAUCGCUCACGGUGAAUGUCUUGAGUACUUUUCUCUUGGCCGUGCUGUUGUUGCCGAAGCUGAAGGAGUCGGCAGAGAAGUAUGGUGUUCUGCCGCACUUGUCGAUUGUGACAUCCGGUGUUGGAUGGGAUGUGCGUGAGACGUGGGAGAAAAUUCGAGAGGAUCCGCUGGUCAGGAUGGAUGAGUUGCCUAGUGAGCAAUUGAUGGUUACGUACCCUCUUUCCAAGCUGAUGGAUACCUUAGCUGUUCGUGAGCUGGCGGCUCGGUUGCCUGUUGAGCAAGGGAAGGUGGUCAUCAAUUCCAUUUGUCCUGGUCUCUGUAAGACUGAGCUGGUUCGGAAUUGCCCACCUGCCCAGAAGCAGGCAAUUGUCGAACAGCAUGAGCUAUAUGGACGAACUGCGGAGGAUGGAAGUCGGACUCUUCUCGCUGGUUCCGUUCUAGGAAAGGAAAGCCAUGGCGCCUACACUUCCAAUUGUGAGAUUAGAGAGUGCGUGGCCCCAAACCUCUAA